GCUGGUGUUGAUUACUCUGUGACGUGAUAAAACGUAUCGUUUUAGAACCUAGAGUUUAUCAUGAUCACAGCUGUUCCAUCGGAUUUGUUGAAAGAUUCUUCACCACCCUCUGAUGUAGAUCCUUCAACGUUAAUGUUUACAUCUGAAGGAGAUUUGUGUCGUUUUUUUUCACGACAUUCAGCAGGUGUUGAAUCUUUAGUUUUUACUUCUGAUUCUCAAUGGUUAGCGGUUGGAAGAAGCGACGGUCAAAUUGAUAUUUAUGAUGUCACAGCUCGCCAGCUCCUUAUGUCUUUACCUGGAGGAGAAAAUACUUCUGUUAGAUGCUUAGCCUUUCUACCAAAGGAGUCAAGUUCUAAUACCCCUUCUCUUCUAAAUUAUCGUUUAUUCUCAACAGGUCUUCAUGGCAUCAUAACCGAAUGGGAUUUCUUAUCACAAUCUUCUCGUUUUAUCUCCCCGUCUUUUGGAGGGGCUAUUUUUUCUUUACAUGUUUAUGAACCUUUAGGUUUAUUAGCUACAGCUAAUGAUGAUGGUGCUGUCCGUAUUUUUAAAACACGAUCUGAUGAUUUCGAUCUCGCUACUGAUAAUGAUUGUGAAAAAGAAGUUCUAUCAUAUUGGAAGGUUUUAACUAAACAUCAUACACGCCUUUUAUCUGUAUGUUUUUAUGACGAAAAUCGAAUUUUCGCGGGAACCAUUGAUUCACACAUUUUAGGAUGGAAUGUAAUGAAUGGAAUAUCCUGCGCAAAAAUGACAGUGGAUCACGCCUUGGUUCCUUCCAAUCAUCGAACUCAAAAAAAGAAAGAAUCUUCUAAAAACCCUAAAAAAGAAUCCUCUCUAGUCUGGUGUUUGGUUCCUUUGGUAUCUCAUUCCCUUUUAGCCAGUGGAGAUUCUAAUGGUUCUCUCUAUUUAUGGAGUGUCGAAACGUUUACUGCUAUUGCUGUUUUUCAUUCGCAUCAAGCGGAUAUUUUAAGCCUAGCCGUCUGUCCUCUUACCGAAAAUUCCUUGUUUACUGUCGGAGUGGAUGGUAAACUUUGUACUUACGUUGCAGUAACCCAUUCAAAAAAUCAUCAGCAUGGGUGGAUUCUAUCAGAAUGUCGACAUCCUCACAUGUCAGAUGCUCGUGCCAUUGCUAUAUCAACACAGGGUGUUGUGGCUACUGGCUCUUCAGAUACUGCUGUGAUCUUAUCUAAAAAUCUUUUAUCUUAUACGAACCGCAAAGAAUACUUACCUUCAUUAUCAGCAUCUUUAUCUUCUUGUUGGGUACAGUUUUGUGUAUCACAACAGCUUGUUCUUACCGUUCAACCUAAUAGUCUUAGUAUUUGGUGUUUAGUCGAAAAUGACAUUCCUAGCUUAGGGCUGAAACCAGUUCAAGCUUUGUUAUUAAAAAUGAAAGAUGGACCACAAGGCUGGUCAGCUGUACGUUGCGCAGCAAUAAAUGAAGACGCGUCUUUGAUUUGCGUCUCAAAUGAUUCGGGAACUCGAUUAUACCGUUUUGAUGUCCAAAAUUUAACUUUAAAGCAUGUCAACUUUCCACAGCUUACACAACAUGUCUCAACAGCACUUCAUUUUGUUAUGUAUCAAUCUCAUUGUUGUUUAUUGACUGCAACUAUUGAUUCCGUUAGUAACAAUCACAAAAAUAUCUCUUUAAUUCUUUGGAGUCUUGUCGAUUUUAAAAUCAUUUUUCAAGCUUGUCCUAGUUCAUGCGCCAUAAGUUUAAUAGCUGUUUCUGAGGAUAACCUUUGGUGUGCUACAAAAUCUGUUUUAGGUGAAAUUUCUCUCUACACACUUGACAACUUACAACAUCAAGGCACUAUUCCGUCUUUUGGCUUUCUGGAUAGCAACCACGGCAAAGCGGGUGUUUUAAAAACGUUAGAAAACGACAUUCAAAUGUCACCUAUGAGUCGUAUGGCAGCUACUAUGGUGUUCAGUCCUGAUUCCCGUUAUCUGGCUGUUUUUUCUUAUACAUCCAAAUAUUUCAUGAUUUAUAGUCUACUAACACAUCGCUGUUUAACAAAAAAUGAAAUCCUUCCCAAGCAAGCAUUACAAACCACACAAUCCACUAUAUUUCGAAUUCAACAAUUGAAAGGAACUUCAGAAGAUGAAAUAGGACGUGUUGUUUGGAUGUCAAAACUAGAAAAACGUCACGUCGACGAAGAACCAGUUAGAAUGCAAACAUUCCUCAUUCAAACAAAGCAAUGUUUAUUGACUCGUAAAUUUCAAAUAGUCGAAUCCUCUUUGGUUUUAUCUGAGAACGAAAUUUCUGAAAGCCCUCUUAAACUGUCAAUGAAUCGAAAACGUGCUAGAACAGACUCUUGUAUGGAUGAUAAAAACUUGUCCUCAGUACCGUGUAAAACAAAAACUGUUUUUACAAGAGUGUAUAAACCUAAUAAUGGCCAUGACCUUCUUCAUGUUGCUCUUAACUUACGUCACACGAAUACGAAUACUAUACCACAUUCCAAUACAACUCAACGAUUAAUUAUUUUUUCACAAUCCAAAAAUAUUCCGACCAAUUUACUUCCACCAGCUUUCGCAAGAAAACGCUACGCUACAUAAUGCGUUUUUUUCUUUAGACAUAAGCCAGUUUUUUUUGUUGAUCAGUUUUUUUUUCGUGUUCUGUACAACUGAAAUCGCAGAUGUCCCACUAAAAAAUAAGGUUGUAUUUUUUUCUUUAAAAACAUUUCA